CGUUGUGGUGAGAGAGAGUGCGUAUUCAUUUCAAAGAAGAAGAAGAAGAAGGAGAAGAAGGAAUGGGAAUAUUCGAACCUUUUAGAGCCAUUGGAUGCAUAACAAGCGGUGUCCCUGUUUCAGUUCAGAGACUCGGGACCGAAACUUUCGUCACUGUCAGCGUUGGAAAGGCCUUUCAGAUUUUCAACUGUGCGAAGCUCAAUUUGGUUCUAGUUGGUCCUCAUCUGCCGAAGAAGAUUACUGCACUUGCAUCCUUCAAAGAAUUCACUUUUGUUGCAUAUGGGCACGACAUUGCAGUAUUCAAGCGUGCGCAUCAGGUUGCAACUUGGAGCAAGCAUAGUGAAAAAGUCAAGUUGCUACUGUUGUUUGGAGACCAUGUUAUCAGUGUUGAUAUUCGUGGCAACAUGUUCUUGUGGGCAUUUAAGGGAGUUAUGGAUCAGAACAACCCUUCCCCAUUUGGGCACAUUUUACUUGAUCAGAGUUUUAGCCCCAGCUGUAUAAUGCAUCCUGAUACUUACCUAAAUAAGGUUCUCGUUGGGAGCGAGCAAGGUCCUAUGCAGCUUUGGAACGUUAGCACAAAGAAAAAGAUAUUUGAGUUUAAGGGAUGGGAUUCACCGAUCACCUGUUGUGUUUCCUCCCCUGCUCUAGAUGUCGUUGCAGUUGGGUGUGCAGAUGGAAGCAUUCAUGUUCAUAACAUUCGUUAUGAUGAAGAAUUGGUUACAUUUACACAUUCUACACGAGGUUCUGUCACUGCCUUAUCUUUCUGCACUGAUGGGCAACCCCUUCUAGCUUCUGGAGGUUCAUCAGGUGUCAUAAGCGUAUGGAAUCUGGAAAAGAAAAGGCUCCAGUCAGUUGUAAGAGAAGCUCAUGAUAGCGUGAUCACAUCACUACAUUUCUUUGCAAAUGAGCCAGUGCUUAUGAGUUCUUCAGCAGAUAAUUCUAUUAAGAUGUGGAUUUUCGAUACGACCGAUGGUGACCCUCGUCUUUUGCGCUUUCGAAGCGGCCAUAGUGCUCCUCCCCUAUGCAUAAAGUUUUAUGCAAAUGGAAGACAUAUUCUCUCUGCUGGUCAGGAUCGUGCAUUUCGGCUUUUCUCUGUAGUUCAGGAUCAACAAAGUAGAGAGCUUUCUCAGCACAAUAUUUCUAGACGAGCCAAGAAACUUAAAGUAAAGGAAGAAGAAAUAAAGUUGAAGCCCGUGAUUGCAUUUGAUUGUGCUGAAAUUCGAGAACGUGAUUGGUGCAACGUGGUUACUUGUCAUAUGGAUACUGCUCAGGCAUAUGUGUGGAGACUUCAAAAUUUUGUUCUUGGUGAACAUAUAUUGAAUCCCUGCCCAGAAAAUCCGACACCUGUAAAGGCUUGCGCCAUCAGUGCAUGUGGCAAUUUCGCCAUCCUAGGGACAGCAGGUGGUUGGAUUGAAAGGUUUAACCUACAAUCUGGACUACCUCGGGGUGCUUACAUUGACAUGUCAGAAUCAAUAAGGUGUGCUCAUGACAGUGAAGUGGUUGGAGUCGCAUGUGACUCAACUAACACUCUCAUGAUAAGUGCAGGAUAUCAAGGAGAUAUAAAGGUUUGGGAUUUCAAAGAACGUGAACUUAAAUCCAGAUGGGAGAUCGGUUUUUCUGUUGUUAAGAUUGUUUAUCAUCAUUAUAAUGGUCUCCUGGCUACGGUAGCAAAUGAUUUAGCAAUCAGAUUGUUUGAUGUUGUGGCUCUUAGAUUAGUUCGUAAGUUUGAUGGUCACACUGAUCGCAUAACAGACUUGUGCUUCAGUGAGGAUGGGAAGUGGCUUUUGUCAUCUAGUAUGGAUGGAAGUCUUAGAAUUUGGGAUGUGAUCUUAGCAAGACAGAUAGAUGCAAUUCACGUUAAUGUGCCUAUUACAGCAUUAUCUCUUUCCCCAAACAUGGAUAUAUUAGCAACUGCUCACGUUGAUCAAAAUGGGGUAUACCUGUGGGUAAACCAAACAAUGUUCUCUAGUACUUCAACUGUUGAUUCAUAUGCAAGUGGGAAAGAGGUGGUGAGUGUCAAGUUGCCAUCGAUAUCUUCCAUAGAACAUUCUCAAGUUGAGGAGUUGGAUGAGAUGGUGGAUGCUUCUCAACCUAAAGAUGCCCCACAUGUUCCAACUCAAGUUAAUCAAAUACCUGAUUUGGUCACACUCUCACUGCUGCCAAAGAGCCAGUGGCAAAGCUUGAUUAAUUUAGACAUUAUAAAGAUGCGCAAUAAACCUAUUGAGCCUCCAAAGAAGCCCGAAAAAGCUCCAUUUUUCUUGCCUUCAGUUCCAUCCCUAUCUGGAGAAAUAUUGUUUGAGCCUGGUAAGUUAUCAGUUGAAGAGAGGGACGGAGCUGGCGAUGGUAAACAAAUGAAAAAGACAAGAUUAGAUUCGACGUCAUCCCGUUUUCUGCAUCUUCUUCAAUCCUCAAACUCGGCAGAUAACUAUGGCGCAUUCACUGAUUAUAUCAAAGGAUUAUCUCCAUCAACUCUGGAUAUGGAACUUCGAAUGCUUCAGAUAAUUGACGACAACGAUGAUGAACAAGGUGAGAAUAGACCGGAGUUAGUAUCGAUUGAACAGCUUAUGGAUUAUUUCAUCCAUGAGGUCUCCUGCAGAAAUAAUUUCGAGUUCCUACAAGCUGUCAUCAGGUUAUUUUUGAAGAUACAUGGUGAGACAAUUCGGCAGCAUUCACACUUACAAGAAAAGGCUCGGAAGCUUCUUGAUAUUCAGUGCAAUGUGUGGCAGAGGGUAGAUAAGAUGUUUCAAAGUGUAAGAUGUGUGGUUGGCUUUCUUAGUAAUUCCCAUAUUUAGUUAUGACAAAGCCCUCAAUUUCCAAACUUCAAUUAACGGCCAUGGAGUAAUAGACAAGAUGAAAGCGAAUCAUUGAACUGAGUAACGGGCAAGUUAAAAGUUAUUUGUUCUACACUACAUUUCUUGGAGUGAAGAAAUCAGGGCAGCAAAUUGGUCAAAUCUGGUGGAGGUGGUUUAUAACAAGGAAUUAUAGUUCUACUAGGCUCCACACAUGAGCACUGAGAAAAUUUUGAAACAAGAUUUUUUAUCAGUAAAUUUUUGCAACUUAUUGAUUCCAUGAGUGAUUUAUUCAAUAGAAAUUUUAUAGCUUUAAUGCUCAACUUUUUCUUCCCCCAUACCAUAUUUCUUUACAGCCAAAGAGUAAUACAGUUACUGGGAUGUAAAGAGCACACGGAAGCAGGAAUUAUUAAUUAAAACUCUAUACUUGUUUAUUUACAUGAUUA